UAUCAUUAAAGAUUUCAUUAUUCUAUGAUAAAAUUCAUUCAUUCUUAUUAACAAAUUUCAUUAGUAGUAUUAUUAGUAGUAUUAUUAUGUAUGAAAAUUGGAAUGAUUGGUUUAUUCAACAAUUUUUACCAUUAAAACCUGAUCCAAGAUUAUCAAAUUAUCCAUUCAUGUCAACAUGGACACCAACUGUAUUAAUUUCAUUAAUUUAUUGUAUUAUUGUAUAUAUAUGGCGUCUAAAAUUAAUAAAAAAGAAUGUGAAUGAAAAGAAUAUAAAAAAAAGAAAUAAUAAACAAUCAAUUCAAUAUUAUAUGGUAUUAUAUAAUUUUAUAAUGGUUAUAUUUUUUAUAUAUUUAACAAUAUCUAGUUUAAUUGUUAUAUAUCAAUUAAAUUAUGGUUUAGGUUGUAUUGAAUUACCAAAUCCAAAUGAUAAACUAACAGAUUAUUUAAUAUAUUAUGGUUAUUUAUAUUUUAUAUCAAAAUUUAUUGAAAUGUUAGAUACAAUAUUUUUUUUAUAUCGUAAUAAAGUGGAUCAAGUAACAUUUUUACAUGUAUUUCAUCAUGCAUCAAUGCCACCAUCCGUAUGGUGGGGUUUAAAAUAUGCACCAGGUGGUGUAUUAUAUAUGUUUCCAUUAAUCAAUAGUUUUGUUCAUAUAAUUAUGUAUACUUAUUAUGGUUUAGCAGCAAUGGGUUAUUAUCAAUAUUUAUGGUGGAAACAUUAUGUAACAUUAAUACAAUUAAUACAAUUUUUAUGGUUUAUUAUACAUCAAGGACAAUUUCUAUCAUUCAAUCAUCAUUGUAAUUUUCCUAAAAUAUUUCCAACUAUUGUAUGUUUAUAUUCUUUUCUAUUUUUUAUUUUAUUUUUAAAUUUUUAUAUAAAAGCUUAUUGGAAAAAAGAACGUUUAGUUAAAAAGGUAAAAGAAAAUUGA